UGCAGGAGUGACAGUAGAGUGUCAGGUUCAGCGGACAUUUCAGACAGAUUUCAUGUUUUUAUUUUUAUUUAUUUAUUUAUUUAGUUCUUACUAUGAGGGUUUUGUUUUGCUAAAAUCGAAUUAAAUAAAUUCUUAUUCUCAGAGUCACCGGCCGAAACAGUUGUAGGGUGUUUGAACAUCUCAGAAAUAAUGAAGUAUGGCAAGUGGUAGGCUACACCUGUGCAGGGUAUUCUUAUUAUUUAACGAUUGUAUACUUAAAGAUCCCUACGGCAACACCACCGGUUCAUUAUAACGGUCAGCAUAGGACCUGCCUUUGGAUUCCUGAAGAUUCACAGACAGGAUGAUCUACAUCAUAAUGGGAGUCUCAGGCUGUGGAAAAAGCAGUCUGGGGGCUUUUCUUUCAGAAAAGCUGGGCUGGACCCUGCAUGAAGGGGAUAACUUCCACCCACGGGAGAACGUUGAGAAGAUGGCUCGGGGUGAACCGCUCACAGAUAAGGACAGAUUUCCUUGGCUUCUCAAACUACAUGAAGUAAUUCAGAGAGAAAGGUGUUCAGGCUCUGAUGCUUUUGUGGUAUGCUCUGCUCUGAAGCGCCACUACAGGCAGAUUCUGCUCUAUGGGUCCAAAGCCCUCGCUUUCUCUACCGAUCCAGACCAAGAAAUCCUGCCUCCCAGCGUUCCCAGUGUCUUUUUUCUCUUCCUACAUGGUGACUACAAUCUCAUUUACCAGAGGGUGAUAUCCCGGAGGGGACAUUACAUGAAAGCAGACCUGCUGCGUUCCCAAUUUGAUGUUUUAGAGCCUCCAUUAGAUGAGGAGAAUGUGUUGUCACUGGACAUCAGGAGGAGCAUUACUGAAUUGGCCACAGAGGUCGAAAAGCACAUUUUCAGCCUCAAGUCAUCACCAGUGAUGCUGUAACCACCGCAGCUGACUGAAAAAGAGGCCAUCAUGAUCAUAUUUUCAAGUGUUCUCAGUUUUUUAGGGAUGGCAAUGUUGGUCUGUCCAGACUCAAAUGUCUCAGCACCUACUAGAUGGAUUGCCAUGAAAUUUUUACAGACAUUCAUUGUGCCCAUAGGAUGAAGCUUAAACACAUCAGCAGUAGUUAGGACAAAGGGUACAAAGGGUGGCGUGACAGACAAGACAGGGCAAAAGACAUUGCUGGAAGUCAACCUCAAGAAGAAAAGCAUUACUCACAAAAAUGCAAGAUUAAACUGGUGCCAAAGACCAUGGGAAGAGGCCUGAUAGAUAUUGUCAAAAUGUUCAGCAAAAUGUUUAGCUCAGAACACCACUGUGCCUAAGUGGACGUUCUCAGAACUGCUAUAGCAUGACUGUGGACUUUUAAUCCUGUCAUGAUCCAAAGUUCAUCUCUUAGUGAAGGUGGGAAGUAAAUCACUGUUGCUGUUGUGGUGUAAAAUCACAGAGAUUCUGAAAACAAUUUGUUAGCGGAAAACUUAAUGGUCUUAAGUGCCAUUCUAAUAUAUACAACAGAGUGUUUGACAUUGGGACCAAGAAGGGCUUUUUUUGUGAAUGAGACAGCAACUUUCAAUAAAAUGCAACAAAGAAAAAGGCCAGAUAUUCACAUUGAAGAGAGUUUGGAUUAUAGGUCGGUUAUAAACUUAUGAAGAGGAUUGUGGAAGCAUUAUAAAGGUUUGCACUGUGAAGAUUCAAUGUUUUCACAGUCAUUUUGUUGUGGAAUAACAUCUGUUUGACUGCACAGACAAGAAUUUAUGAUGGACAAAUGCAUUGGGAACAUUUUUAAAUCAGAAGAGCAGUCAACAGUAAACAUUUUUUAACGUGAUCAUGAAAAAAAAUGUAUAAAGGUUUUUUACCGAUUAGAUCAACUCAUUUUUAUUUUGUUCCAUGUCUGUGAGAGACCGGCAAUAUUUAUAAGGGAAAUUUGGCUUCUUGGCUUUGUAGACACUGUGUUGAACUGAUUGACAAUUGCACUGGCACAGGUUAAUGAAAUAAAAAUGAACUGGUGAUGAUUUUGGUUGAAUAUUUUAUAAGUUUUGGAAUCCUGCGUUUUAGAUUUUAUUUAUUUUUUAUUUUGAUGUUAUACUUAAAUAUUUGCAUCAUGUGCUGACAUUUCCAUAACACUGUGAAUUAAAACCGCAACUAACAGUCAUUUUCAUUUAUGACUAAAAUGUCAAUUGCAGUUUCCUAAAGCUUGAGGUGACAUUCUCCCAUUGCUUGAUAUGUCUGAUCAUCAAAUGUUGAUCUUUAAUAGUUGAAAUAAA